CCCAACACCUACCCUUCCUUCCAUUUCUUAGUUUAAAAAUCCUCUUUUCUCUCAUCUUUCCGCUUCACCUCUCUCCUAAUUCCACCAUACAAACAUCUUCUAAAAAAAAAAAAAAAAAAAAAAAAAAAAAAAAAAAAAAAAAAAAAAAAAAAAAAAAAAAAAAGAGAGAAAAAUGGUGAACUUAGUAGAAGCACAAAGGCCUUUGUUAUAUUGGCUAAUGAAAAUGGCUGGAAUAAAACCUCAUAGUAUUGAAAUAGAACCUGGCACUAUAAUGAACUUUUGGGUCCCUUCUGAAACCAUACAAAAACCAAAGAAAAACAAAAAACUCACCACCACAACACCUUUCUCCAACAACCAAUGCGCCAUUUCACCCGAAUCCACCACUAAACCCGACCCGAACAAACCCGUAGUCGUACUCGUCCACGGCUUUGCCGGCGAAGGAAUAGUUACGUGGCAAUUCCAAGUAGGUGCAUUAACUAAAAACUACUCCGUUUAUGUACCUGACUUGCUUUUCUUUGGCGGGUCAGUUACGGAUAGUCCGGACAGGUCACCGGGUUUUCAAGCUGAGUGUUUGGCUAAAGGGUUAAGGAAAUUGGGUAUAGAAAAAUGUGUUGUGGUUGGGUUUAGUUAUGGUGGGAUGGUUGCGUUUAAGAUGGCUGAAAUGUUUCCUGAUCUAGUUGAGGCUUUAGUUGUGUCUGGUUCUAUAUUGGCGAUGACUGAUUCGAUUAGCACAACGACGCUUAGUGGUUUGGGGUUUUCUUCUUCUUCGGAGCUGUUGUUGCCUACUUCUGUUAAGGGUUGUAAGGCACUUUUAAAAGUAGCUGCUUAUAAGAAGCUUUGGUUCCCUGAUCGCCUUCACAGGGACUUUCUUGAGGUAAUGUUCAACAACAGAAAGGAAAGAGGGGAACUGCUAGAAGGAUUGGUGGUGAGCAACAAAGAAACAACCAUUCCAAAUUUUCCACAGAGAAUACAUCUCCUCUGGGGUGAGAAUGACCAAAUUUUCAAUUUGGAGCUUGCUCAGAACAUGAAAGAUCAACUAGGUGACAAGACUACAUUUCAUGGCAUAGAGAAGGCAGGCCAUCUGGUUCACCUAGAACGACCUUGCGUUUACAACAAGUGUCUCAAGCAGUUCCUUACUUCCCUGCAUGCAGAAAAAGCCCAGAAGUGAAGGACAGUACCACAAAGUUCACUAUCUAAUAUCAUGUAACUUUUUUGUCUAUGGAAAGGAAAAUAACUUUGUGUUUCCUCGGUAAUAUUAGUUACUAUGUAAUUUGGGGUUCAGAAUUUAAAAUUGCUGUCUUAAUACAAAUAUAUAU